AUUACACUAACUAUUAAACUCCCAUUCAGAUUUUCUUUGCCACCACCAUUCUCUCUUCUCCUCUUCUCCCUGCCCUCUUCCUCACUUUUUCCUCAUUCCAUUUCCAUCUCCCCUUCUCUCUCUGUCCCCAAAAACGGACGGUAAUAGUCCAGAAAAAAGAAAAAGGCCAGACCGAAUAAGAAACGAAGAUGAGCGACGAAGAGUGGGUCAAAGUGGCGACGGUGGAUGACACGGCGGUUGCUGAGCUGCUGGUUAUGCUAAAGCAAGUCAAGCAACCGCAGCCCUCCCCGCCGCCCCUGCCAGCAAAGCCGGCUUUAUCGCUCGAGUGGAGCGUCCGGCAGAGGCGCUCAAAAGCUGUGGUAGUUCAGGCGAAGAAGCAGGCUCCCAGGGCUAGUCCUACCACGCCUCUCUCAUGGAGCGGCGCCACCUCUCUCAGUGGUGGCUGUGUGGGCGGUGGAUGCGGAAGUGGCGGCUGCUCCGUCGAUGGCGGUCCCGAGGAGGAGUCCAGCCGUCCUUAUCCGUUAGUUCGCCCCUCUAAACGCUCCGGCAUCUCAAGAUCUAAGGUUAUCGGAACGAGUGAAAAUGCCACCAACAAGAGGUCAAGAAAGAAGAAGACUUUAGCAGAGCUCAAAGAGGAGGAAGACAUGUUGCAAAAGGAAAGAAGGCAGUUGAAGAGGGAAUUGGCAACUAUGCGUCUCAAUUUGGAGAAGGAGAGAGCUAGAAAUGAAAACUUCAAGAGAAUAAAGCUUGAGUUGCAAGCACCUCCAGUAGUUGAAAGUGGUCCGACAGUCAAAUCUGAUGAGGCAAUUUUGGAUCAACAUGUUCAGAAGAUGGCUUGUGUGGACCCUGUUCCGGCACUCUUACCUGCAAUAAUUGCAAGAAAUGAAGAGGAAGGACCAGUUCAACCAUCUGCUGAAGUAUCUUGUUGUGAAGGGAACAAGGAACUCACAGCUAGUAAAUUUGUGCUUCCUGAUCUAAACAUUCCUUUUGAGGAUAAUUCCAGCUCCGACGCCUUGUGUGGGGUAUGCUAGAAGGAACGGGAGUACACGAAUAACUUUUCUUGGAGGAAGCGGGAUAAAUAUGAAGAGCAACAUCUAGGCUAAUAAGUGCUAACUUUGUUGUAGGCUGAUGUAUUUUAACCGUAAUUACGGACCAAAUUUACCUCGACCACUUUCCGAACAGAAGGGAAGUGUUCUGCAAUUUGAAGGUACUGGGGGUUAGUUAGGAUCUUAGUAUUCGUUGAGGUGUAGGGUAGAGAUCCUAACUGUUUAGCUGCGGCAGCUGUAUUCUUUCCUCGCAGGUUUCAAAAUGUUCAAUUCUUUGGGGUCAGCCCUCAUUCCUUCUAUUUCCUUCUUGAAAGGAAAUAUACAUACAUAAGAUGUAACUAUUUCUCAUAGAAAAAAUAUAAGUUAGGUAUCCUUCUAUCUAAAGAAAAAAUUUAACGUCAA